CGUUAAACCCGGAGCCCGACUGGUGGCGGCAGCGUUGGGGCUGGGUCUGGCUCCGCUGCUCCCCCCGCUGCCGCCUCUCCCCGCUCCACCCGGUCCGGCCGCCUCCGCCCGGCCCCCUCGCACCCCCUCCCCCGGUCCUUCCCGGUGCCGGCGAGCCCCGAAUCGGGUCAGUCGCUCUUUAAAGGCUGGAAGGCGGCACCAUGUGAUGCUUCGGCUCCGGCGGGGAGGGGGCAGCGCCUGCGGGAGCCGAGCGGUGUCGGGCACCGGGGACCGAGCGCAGCCCCGGCGGCCGCGGCCAGCCCGGUCCCCGGCGGCCGCAGGGUCCCCCCGGCCGCCCCCGGCAUGAGCCCCGCCUUGCCCUGGGGGGAGACAGCGCUGGCUCUCUGAGGGUGAGAGCACCCCAAAACAAGCCCUGUGUUUGCAGGACAAGGUGACCGAGGACCCCCACGGGAGCAGGGCGGACCGGAGCAUCAUGGCACACCCCAUCUCAGCCUUCCAGGCUGCCUACAUCUCCAUCGAAGUGCUCAUCGCUUUGGUGUCCGUGCCGGGCAAUAUCCUGGUCAUCUGGGCUGUGAAGAUGAACCAGGCACUGCGGGAUGCCACCUUUUGCUUCAUCGUCUCGCUGGCCGUGGCCGACGUAGCCGUGGGGGCUCUGGUCAUCCCCCUGGCCAUUAUCAUCAACAUCGGACCCCAGACGGAGUUUUACACCUGCCUCAUGGUGGCCUGUCCCGUCCUUAUCCUCACAGAGAGCUCCAUCCUGGCGCUUCUGGCCAUCGCCGUGGAUCGGUACCUGCGGGUGAAGAUCCCUGUCAGGUAUAAGAGCAUGGUGACACCACGGCGGGCAGCUGUGGCCAUCGCCUGCUGUUGGAUAGUCUCUUUUGUGGUGGGACUUACCCCCAUGUUUGGGUGGAACAACCUCAACAAGAUGCGAAGGACUCAGGAGCUGAACAGCAGCCACACGGAGUUUGUCAUCACGUGCCAGUUUGAGACAGUCAUCAGCAUGGAGUACAUGGUGUACUUCAACUUCUUUGUCUGGGUCCUGCCUCCCCUGCUGCUGAUGCUGCUCAUCUACCUGGAGGUCUUCAACCUCAUCCGCAAACAGCUCAACAAGAAGGUGUCCUCCAGCUCCAAUGACCCCCAGAAGUACUAUGGCAAGGAGCUGAAGAUCGCCAAGUCCUUGGCGCUGGUUCUUUUCCUGUUUGCACUCAGCUGGCUGCCUCUGCAUGUCCUCAACUGCAUCACCCUGUUCUGCCCGUCCUGCCAGACCCCGCACAUCCUCACCUACAUCGCCAUCUUCCUCACCCACGGCAACUCGGCCAUGAACCCCAUCGUCUAUGCCUUCCGCAUCAAGAAGUUCCGGACAGCCUUCCUGCAGAUCUGGAACCAGUACUUCUGCUGCAAAACCAACAAAAAUGCCACCAGCACCACCACAGCUGAGACAGGCAACUAGGAACUGGGAGAGGGGACAGAGGGGCAUGUGUGCCCACCCAGUCCCCACCCAGACACUGUUCCUGCUGUCUCAGGAAGGGGCAGCAAGGACCCGAUGGGUUCUGAGUUCAGCAGUCCCCUGCAGUCCCCACAGUCACCCCAGGGGGUUAUUUAUUCACAAGCAUUGUACUGUUUGUAUAUUAUAGCCUGCACUGUUCCUUUCUGGUUUAGGAUUUUUUCUCCCUGAUUGUUUUUGUUUUUCAUUUUUUAAGCAUUGCCAAGUAUUUAAGGAGAAAUUGUACAGACAAAUGCGCAGUUUAUCUUCAUGCAAAUAAAGUCCAGUGAUCCAAACCACACAGGAGGUGCCCUGCCAU